AUGGCCGUCGCCGAGGUCGCGCGCGGGAUCGGGACCGGGGCGAAGGAGCUGUCGGAGAAGAUGAACCGGCGUGCGCUCGCGAUGCGCGUGGAGACGUACGCGCGACGGGCGACGGAGACGGCGAGAGCGCUCGCGGACGCGCGAGAGGCGCUGAAUGACGCGGAGCGUGAGGUCAAGGGUGAACGCGAGCGGGCGAACGCGGCGACGGCGGCGUGUCAGGCGCUCAGGAGAGAGCUCGGGAGGAUGCAAAAGCUUAAUUUAGAAGCCGAGCGGCGGGGGAGGUAUGAGCUCGAGCGAGGGGCGAAGGCGAGGAAGACUUUGGUGGAGAUGGUGCAGGACGCAAAGAAAGACUCGCGCGAAGCCCGAGGAGCGGCGAAAGAGGCGAGCGAGCGGGCGCAGAUGAUGGAGGAGUGGGCGAAGAGGCGCGACGCGGCGGCGACGAACGCGGCGACGCGACUGAACAGAAGCCUACAGGAUUGCGCUUCGCUCGCGAGACGCAUCAAAGUCGUCACGGAGGAGAAUGUGCGACUUCGUAAGCGUGCUGUGCGCGAUCGCGCUGAGCUCGACGACGCGACCGAGUACUCAGAGCGACUUGAGUCGGAUUGGAUGACGCGCGAAGGCGAGAAAAUCACCGCUCGCAACCCGAUUUACGUCGAUUCAGGGACGUUUGGUGAACAAAGCGAAGCAGAUUCUUGA